AUGGCUCACUACAAGGGUGCAGCGUCCGAGGCUGGCAGAGCCAUGCAUCUCAUGAAGAAAAGAGAAAAAGCUCAACAGGAAAUAGAACUGAGAAAAAAGAAAAUAGAAGAAGAUCUCAAGAUUGAUAAUAUUGAAAAUAAGUUCGCAACUCAUUACGAUGAAGUGGAACAACAAUUAAAAAGCUCAACUAUAGGUCUCGUAACUUUGGAUGAAAUGAAAGCAAAACAAGAACAUAUAGUACGAGAACGAGAGAAAAAGCUUGCCCAAAAAAAGGCCGAAAAGGAAAAAGAACGACAGAAAGAAAUAGAAGCAAAACAAUCUCAAAAGAAUAAGCAAAAACGACAGAUUCAAGCACUUUCAUUUGACUUCAAUGAAGGAGAUGAUGAUGACGAUGCUGAAGAAGAAACUCCAUGGAAAGAACAGGAAGAGACGGUAUGUAAAAAAAUAAAAAAGAAUCCAGAUGUAGAUACAUCAUUUUUACCUGACAGAGAAAGGGAGGAGGCUGACCUGAAAUUGAGAGAGGAAUUAAGGCUAGAGUGGGUCAUGACCCAAGCAAGUCUCAAAGAUGAACCAAUCACUGUAACAUUCAGCUAUUGGGACGGUUCGGGACAUAGGCGUAAUGUUACUUUAAAAAAAGGAAAUUCAAUCUAUCAAUUCCUACAAAGAUGCUUGGAUACAUUGAGACCAGAGUUUAGCGAAUUGAAAACAGUAUCCGCUGACCAACUCAUGUAUGUCAAAGAGGAUUUGAUAUUGCCACACCAUUACACAUUUUAUGAUUUUAUAGUUACAAAGGCUAGAGGUAAAAGCGGUCCAUUAUUCCAAUUCGAUGCAUCCGAUGAUAUAAGAUUAGUUAAUGACGCUACACAAGAAAAACAAGACUCUCAUGCAGGAAAAGUACUAUUAAGGUCCUGGUAUGAAAGAAACAAACAUAUAUUCCCAGCAUCAAGAUGGGAACCUUACGAUCCAACUAAGACAUACUCUAAAUAUACUGUUAAAGGAAAAUAG